AUGGGGGUGGAAAAGGAAAUUAUAAGUCCUGGAGACGGAGCCACUUACCCAAAAGCAGGUCAGACAGUUGUGAUACAUUACACAGCAUCUUUAGUUAGUGGACAGAAGAUAGAUUCGUCCCGUGACAGAGGAAGCCCUUUCAAAUUUUGUAUAGGCAAAGGAGAGGUGAUCAAAGGUUGGGAUGAAGGUGUUUCAAAGAUGAGCCGGGGAGAAAGAGCCAGACUCGUAUGUUCCCCAGACUUUGCUUACGGUACCAGAGGUUACCCCGCCACUAUCCCCAGAAAUGCCACUCUGAUUUUUGAUAUUGAGCUCUUGAAGAUGGAGUGA